UGUUCUGUUCUUGAUCGUCCUUGCCAGCAUACGAAAGCCAAAGGCACUCCUAACCUAUCAGAAUGGCGCGUGUCUGCCCCUCGGAAACUGAUAAACGCAAAAGUAUCUCUAUGGUUAGAAACUGAAGGAUAAGGUUUUGGAAUCGGUGGAUGAAAAUUUGACUAUGAACAGUAACUCUUCACAGUGGGUCAUAUACACUAUGAUUCGCACUCAACUUGUUCCCACUUGAAAUUUGAAAACGCAGAAACGAUUCUCCGUCACAGAAAUGGACAGACUCCGCGCUCUCCGCCGUCAGGGAUUGCGCGAUUUUGAGCCGUCACUCCCGCCGCGAUUUAUGGAUAGAAUCCUCGACCGUAUGAAGAAAUCUUUGAAUCGGAGUGGGAUAAGCCGCCGCCGGCUAGAACGGUGUUCUAGUUCCUUCGCUGAAGAUCUCUCAGUCUCGACUUCUUCUUUCGCGACGUUACCUGAUAGGACUAGUUUCCGCCUCCUCGCAGCAGGAGGCGAUGGCGAAUUGGAUCGGAUUUACAAGUCCCUUGGGGUUUCUGGUCCCGACGAUUUGGCGAUUUCUUUUGACGCGUGGGAGGCUAGCAAGAUGCGUUCCUCCUCUGGUAUUGUUAAUAGGUUUCAGCCUCAGGCCGAUGUUUUGAGUAGUGGUGUUGAUUCACUGGAUCGGGACAAUACUGGUGGUGUGGGCAGGUUCUUCAAGGAGCAUGCGAGUGAAAAAGCUAGUGAGAAGGAACAUGGCGAGAUGAAUCUCAAUCCCAAUUACCACGAUGACGUAAGGGAGGAUCUCUUUGAGAUUUGUUUGACAACGAUUGAUGUGAGUAACGUAGACCGUCUAGCCGUUAAGGCGAACAAGGACGCUGGUGAAUACUUUCUCUUAGCCACCGUCGUUGCAGGCACCGACAGCCUCCUUCGAUUUGAGGACGAGGAAGGCAAGACAUGGUUGUUUGGGUUCUCAUAUCUUAACGUCAGUCAAUGCUGCGAAUUUACCCAAGGCUGGAGCAGCUACGUUGAGGAGAAGCAGCUUAAAGCUGGAGACUUUGUUUCCUUUCAAAGAGAUCGUAAGGACAGCAGCAAGCUCUUCAUUGGCUGCAGAAAGAGUGACGAGUCUUUUCCAAAUCCAACAUCACCGGGUGCAUCCAUCAAGACGGUAGAAAUGAGAGAGAGACUCAAGGGAGUUGAAACUCCUUUCCAGCCAAAAUUGUCUGAGCAUAGCGUUACGGGGUCUGACCCUGUAUUAGUCAUUUAUUGUGGUGACAACCAGGUCUCCGAGGAGAUAUACCUCAUCAGCUACAUCUUCAACGAGUUGUGUCGCCGUGGCUUUUCCCCUUUGAGAUAUGAUAUGAAAAAGGGCACUGUGACUGAAAAUCAGAAACUGCUACACAUAUCCCGGGUUGGUAUUAUCAUUUUCUCGAUGAACUUUGCUCAUUUCAGAGAGUGCCUGGAUGGAUUCGUGGCAGUCAUGGAUCAUUUGAAAGCUAACGAGCUUGUCCUUGUUCCUGUGUUUUUUAAAGUACGUGUUUCAGACGUCAGGGGCCAAAGUGGCUCUUUUGGAAGAGCAUUCAUACGACUUAGGAAUUCAGUCAAGGCUUCCGAAGUUCUGAAAUGGAGGGCGGCUAUGAUCGAAUUAACUUCCAUCAGUGGAUAUGCGUAUAAGAAGGGGGAUGAGGUUAUUCUGGCCAAGAAUAUUGUCAGAGAUGUCUGUUUGCCACUCAGUUCCGAAACCAACAUGAAGCUAAGAGGAACGAGGCUUUCAUUAGAAAGUAUAUUGUCUCUGCUGAAUCGUUCUCAACCCUCAUCCCCACAGAUUGUUGGACUUUGGGGUAUGGCUGGCAUAGGGAAGACUACCAUCACGAGAGAAUUUUUCAGAACACAAGCUGAGCGAUAUGACGUGUGCUACUUUCUGCCUGACUUUCAUCUAAUGUGUCAAACAAAAGGGUUGAGUUAUUUGCGUGAUGAUUUCUUCUCGAAAAUAUUUGGGGCAGAAAAAGUUUUCGUAGACGCAUGUGAUACAAAACUAAGAUUCACAAGGGAUAGGUUCCUGGGUAAAAAGGUUUUGAUUGUUCUUGAUGGUGUGAGUAGUGCCAAAGAUGCAGAAAUUUUGGUUGGAGGGUUUGGCUGGUUUUCUGGUGGACAUACAAUCAUCUUAACAUCUAGGAAUAGGCAAGUUCUUGUACAGUGUAACGCCAAAGUGAUUUACGAGAUCGAGAAGCUAUCCAAGCUCGAGUCUCUUCACCUUUGUUGCAAGUUUGCCAGUAAAGAAAAUUGUAAAGGAAGAAUGUCGUUGACAUCGGAGCUUGUGGACUACGCUAGUGGCAAUCCUUUGGCUCUGCGAGUCUUAGGUUUGUCUAUUCAAAAUCAAUCUAUGAAAGAUCAGAAACAACAUCUGAGAAGACUGCGUCAACAUCCUCCAGUCAAAAUUCUGGAUGCAUUUAAAAUAAGUUUUAAUGGACGAGAUGGUGACGAGAAGAGCAUAUUUUUGGACCUGGCUUGUUUUUUCAGAGGGGAGGAUAGAGAUCGUGUGGUGAAAAUCCUUGAUGAUUGCGGUUUUUCUACAGAUUUAGGAAUCUAUGGUCUCAUUGAUGAGUCUCUCAUCAGCCUUUUAGGUAACAAGAUAGAAAUGCCCAACAUUUUCCAAGACGCGGGUCGAUUUGUUGUUUGUCAAGAACACGAAGAGCCAGGCAACCGUAGCAGAUUGUGGGAUUCUAGUGAUAUUGCUGGUGUCCUGAAAAAUAAUACAGGAACAGAAGCAGUUGAGGGAAUAUUUCUGGAUGCAUCUGGCUUGACAUUUGAUUUGAGUUCUACUGCAUUUGCGAGGAUGUAUAGACUUAGAUUGCUCAAGAUCCACUGUCCAACUUCUGUAAAUCAUUGCAAGGUUUGUCUACCUGAAGGCCUCCAUUCUUUGCCUGAUGAGCUACGCCUACUCCACUGGGAAAAAUAUCCUCUUGGAUCGUUACCUCGGAACUUCAACCCUAAAAAUCUUGUAGAACUGAACAUGCCAUAUAGCAACUUGACAAAAGUAUGGAAAGGAACAAAGAAUCUUGAGAAGCUAAAGAGGAUCAUUCUGAGUCACUCUCAACACUUGACUAAAUUCCCAAGGCUUUCAAAGGCCAGGAACCUUGAGCAUAUUGAUCUCGAAGGAUGUACGAGUCUGGUUAAGGUUAACUCAUCUAUUCUUCAUCAUCACAAGCUUACUUUCUUGAGUCUGAGAAACUGUUCUCGUUUGCGAGUUAUGCCUACCACUGUUCAUCUAAAAUCUCUUGAGGUUCUUAAUCUAUCUGGCUGCUCAGAGCUCGAGAACCUUCAGGAUUUCUCAUUAAACCUGAAAGAAUUAUAUCUAGCUGGGGCUGCUAUUAGAGAACUGCCGUCGUCGAUUGGGGAUCUCACUAGACUUGUUACAUUAGAUCUGGAGAAUUGUGAAAGUCUUCAGCACCUGCCACCGGGGAUAAGUAACUUGAAAGCCAUGAUGACACUUAAGCUGUCUGGCUGUUCAAAUCUGAAGAGCCUUCCAGUUCUUGAUGCAUUAUUUCUCCAAGAUUCACAACGUUCUAACACAAGGAUAACCAUGGAAGAAUCUGUGUCCAUAAACCUUCACUCUGCUAUUCAAGAAUCAAGCAGAGAAGCUUUAGAAGAAUUCUUACCGGCAUUUGAAUGUCUGUCGAACAACGGAAUACCACAAGAAAGCUGGACAUGGGUCACUGUUAUUCCGUUCCCCUCACCCAUUUUACACUCAUUGGCGUCUAGGCUAUAUGCGCUAGUAUCGUUGUUCCUUUGUAAUGCUUACCUGGUGGAUAUACCUGAAGAUAUAUGUUGGCUUGCUUCGGUGAUGAGACUAGAUCUUGGUGGAAACUCUUUCAGCCAGAUUCCUAAAAGCAUCAAGGAGUUUCGUAACCUACAUAGCCUUAAUUUGCGCCAUUGCAAAAACCUCAAAUCGCUACCUGAGCUUCCUAGAAGUCUAGUAACCUUGAACGCCCAUGGCUGUGUGUCUCUCAAAUCAUUUCCAACGAGUUUCGAGCAGUUCCCAAGGCACUUCACAUUCAGUAAUUGCUUUAAUCUGUCCCCAAAAGUGGUCAGAAAAUAUAUAGGAAAAGCUCUUGAUAGCGUUAAAGGCAUGGCCAAGAGGAUUCUGCAGGCUUCACUAGAACAGGAACACAUCAACGCUCCUGCAUUCAGCAUCUGUAUACCUGCCUCUGCAGGCCACCAAUCCUCAUUUAAUUUUCAAGCUGGUUCUUUUGUAAGGAGACAGCUUACUCCCGGCAUGUUAAAGACUCUUUCAGGCUUUGCUUUAUCAGUAGUGGUUGAAUUUUGGGAUAAUUAUAGCAACAAUGCUGGUUUUGGCAUCAAGUGUAUAUGCAGGAAGACCAGAACAGACCUCUCACCUAGAUUAGAGAGAAUUUUCCGUUGUUGGGCUCCAAAGGAACCUAUCACCGUUCAAAGGGAUCAUAUGUUUGUUUUUGGGAGUGUGAAAAUGCAUCAUGCAGAAGCUGUUAACCAUGAUUUCCUGUCUGAUUCAGUGACCUUUGAAUUCCAUCCUGUCAAUUCGGAGAACCAGCUUCUAGGUGAUAGCUGCACAGUGAAGAGAUGUGGAGUCUACUUAAUCACCGAUGCGACAGGUAAUACAACUCUUAGCGCAAAACGUCCUUCUUCUUCCAUGGAUUCAGGGGGGCUUUCUAGCAUGGAGCAUGUGGCACCACCAUAUAAGAGAUGUCGAUUGAAGGGAGUUAUUGAAAUUGUUAUUUUAAGCUUAAGAAAAAGGAAGCGAGAAAUGAGCGUCCCUACAGUCAAAAGCUUUUCUAAGGUAAAAAGUCUGUGCAGAUCGUAUGUUCGCACUGGAAACUGUGCAGUGGGUCCUAGUUGUUCUUUUGAUCAUCCUACAUGGGUGUUUACUGAGAAACCCAAAAGACUCUCUGCGUCUAAGUCAAACCAAGCAACCUCUGGUAAAGACGCCAUUGAUACAGAGCAGGAAGAGGAGUAAGCUUUGUCUCGGAAAGAGCUGUGAAGUUUUGAUGUUUGGUAAUGGAGAAUCAGUGCAAGUCAUUUUCGCUUAUCUGAACUCUCGAGCAUUAUUUGCAUAGCAGAGGUACAUGCCAAAUGUGAUACCGCACGUAGUGCAAAACGUCCAGCUUCUUGCAUGGAUCCAGUGGAGCAUGUGGAAUGACCAUAUAAGAGAUGCCGAUUAAUGAGUGUGUCUGGAGACAAAUCGUUAUAAGGUCCAUCUUGGUCCAGUUUCUGCUGCGCGAUGGAUCUAAGCACCAAGACGCGCGGUCUUAUAAUCCGGAUUCACACCGAUUACAACUUAAAAAGUGUAGGGAACAACAUUUGAUCACUAGACAGGGAAUCGUUUUAAUACAGGCAGGCUCGUUGGACAAAAGCUACCGAAGUUUUAGUUUUGUCAAUGGGGAUUAUAUUAGAGUAACGUGGAAGCACCACAAUGAUAUAGUUCAUCUGCUAGAGAGACGAGACCAUUGAUACAGAACAAGGAAAAAUAGCAAAGCUUUUGUCAUAGACUCAUUAGUCAUAGCAAGAUUUGUAAGGAUUUGAUGAUUGGUAAUGGAGAACCAAGUAUUCAUCUA